AUGGAGCGUAGGAAUUCGACGGGAGUGGGCAAGUGGGUUUUUAAGGAUAUUCCUAACGUCCCCCACACAGUGUUCCUGAACCCGUGUUGUUCUCUUGCUAAGGACUAUAUACCCAAACAGCAAAGUGCAGUUCAACAGGUCACCGCCGCUAACGGCCGGACCUUUUAUUUUAAGUUGUUGGUAUUCCCCCACGGCAAUCGUCCACGUGCACCGGUGUAUGUUGCUGCAUACGUGGAGUGUCAGGAAAGGGAGGAAGGAAUGGACCCGCGAUUCGUUUUUAGUAAUGUGAAAUUCCAGAUAAUAGUGAUCAACCAGAAGGAUUAUCGAAAGUCGAUCGUAAAAGCUGAUACGCAUAGUUUCUGCAAGGCUGAGAUAGAUAGAGGCUGGCACGACCUUGUUGCGGUUGAGAGAGUAUUGGACCCUAAGGAGGGGUGGCUUGAUAAGGAUGGAUGUUUGGUGAUGAGGGCGUCGGCUUAUGCUAGACAGGCGGAGACUGUGUUGGGCAAUGGCACAGACAGGGAAAGAGGAGGCACUGGGUUUGUCGGUCUACGUAACCAUGGAGCGACUUGUUAUCUGAACGGCUUGUUGCAGUCGCUUUAUCAUUUGGGACGAUUUAGGGAAAUUGUAUAUUCGGUGGAUCCGAGGGCUGAGCGGGAACGAUUGCUGGCUGAGGAUGAGCUUGCUGGUGGUGACGGUGGUGACAGUUUGGCGUGUAUGAGUCCGUCGGGGGGCGGUCGACUUAGUUUGCCGAUAGCUCUGCAGAAGGUAUUUUUGGAUCUCCAAACGUCGGAUGUUCCCGUAACGUGUCGGGACCUCAUUCGGGCCUUUGGGUGGGAUUCCAUGGAUGCUUUUACUCAACAUGAUGCUCAAGAGUUGGAGCGGUUGUUAUGUGAUAAGCUUGAGGAGAAGCUGAGAGGCACUGCGGUCGACGGCGCGAUUGAGCAGUUAUUCGAGGGGGAGUUGGAGAACUUCAUUGAAUGUGUUGAUAUCAGCUACUCCAGUCGAAGAUUGGAACCUUUCUAUGAUCUUUCUUUGAAUGUGGCGGGCUUGAAAACUUUGGAAGAUUCCCUACUCGAUUUUACCCAAGUGGAAAUGCUGGAAGGGGAAAACGCUUACGAGGCGGAAGGUCGCGGCAAGCAGCGCGCCCGCAAGGGUAUUCGAUUCACUAAAUUUCCGCCGGUGUUGAACAUCCAAUUGAAAAGAUUCAAUUUUGAUUUCGAGCGGAUGGACAUGGUGAAGCUGCAUGAUCGUUUUGAAUUCCCAACUCGUUUGAAUGUGGAUAACCUCUUGCCGGGGACGGGAGAUUAUAUUCUUCACACAGUUUUGGUUCAUUCUGGUGAGGUUAAUUCGGGGCAUUAUUAUGCGUUCAUCCGACCCAAAGGAGAAGGUAGUGACUGGUUUCGCUUUGACGACGAUUCUGUGACCAGAGUGUCGGAAUAUGCUGCGGUUGAAGACAAUUUUGGAGGGGAAGAUGUUGUUCCGUGUGACUAUUUGACGAGAGGCUUGCGAUCGUCUGCGGAGGUUAAGCGGCAGAGGAUUUACAGCGCCUAUUUGUUGGUGUAUGUGAAGGAGUCGGAGUCGGGAAAGGUGCUUACGAACCCUUCUUAUGAGACAGUGAAAGCCCGGCUCGAGCUCGAGUCGAAGCGAGUGGACGAUAGGAAGCGCGAAAGGCAGGCGGCGGCGAUGCAUGUAAACGUCAGAAUUGUGACGUCAGCGGAUCUUAAACAGGGAGAAGGUUUUGGCAUGCCUCCUAUUGCAGACGCUGCCGGGACUACAAUACAGAUGCUCAGAACAGCAGAGUUGCAUCAAAUUGCCGAGGGGGUUGCUGAAGCUCUGAAGAAGACUGGCGAUGGUCAGACGGAUUUGGACCCGAACGAACUUGGCUUGGCUUACCUGAGACGACGUCGUCUGGAAGGGUUUAAGAAGGUGGUAGUUGGCAAAGGGACGGUGGAAGGAAAGGAAAUACUCGCUGUGCCGAGCCAUACGCUGGCUGCCCAUAAACGUCUGCAUAUUGGCCGGUCAAAGCCUGAACGCGUGGGAGAGAUAAUUGAGAAGAACCAAGGGACAUUGGUGAUAGUGAAAUACUACUGCCCUGAGACUCACGCGGUGGUCCAAAUUGGCGCCGACUACUUGUCGCUAGCGGCUGUCUCGGGGGCUCCUCCCACGAUACGGUCAUCGCUUGGCACGAGGGUGAUUGAUAUGCUGGAGAAUGCUGGGUUGAAGGGAUCAGGAAAGGUGGAUGAUAAUAUACUGGCUAAGUUUGUAUCUUCGUGGGUGGAGACGACUCCGUCUGAGGGUGAAGGGACGAUUUUGUGUUAUGAGGAGGCGGAGCGACGCACUGGAAUGACCUCUGUUAAAGUGGAUGACUCCCGAGAGCUGUCGAAUUUAGUGUCUGUUUGUAAUGGUGUGGUACCGGUAUUGGUGCUGCAGUAUUAUGAUGGGCCGAUGCCGCCGAUUCCCGCGGUGCCCGACCCGACGGUGAUGGAAGUUCCGACGAUCAACAUACUCACAGCUUCGGACUGCUUUUCGAGUAUCGUCAACAAGGUGGUGGUGACGGUCCAUUUGGACAAUCCGUCGGAGGAAGUGAGCAUUGACGGAAUUUCGUCACCAGUGGCGACUAUUGCCGCGCACGGUUUGCCGCAUCCGACUGAGUCGUUGGAGAUGGAUUUGAGAUGGAGUCUCGGGCAAGUUACUCUAGCGGUUAGGGAAGCAUUCAACAUUGAUGCUGAUCAAUCGGUGCUUCUUACGGCUGGAGGGUUGCCCCCAGCGGCGUGUGGUGAAGGGUUCCUCAACAACGGUCCUGAGGCGGCUUGUUCGUUUCUGGGUACUCAUCAGAGAUUUUUCACGUCAAUGGACGACAGCAGCUCGGCCAUUCACGCUGCGGAAUCGCACGAGAAGUUUUCGUAUCUGCAAUGGGGACAGCCGCCCAUGCAUGAGUGGACCAUGCAAGCAGUCGCUGUCCCGAAGAGGGUUCGGUUCUUCGACGAGCAUGUGAGAGAGGUGGCCAACGGCCUCAUAACGGUGGUGCCGGCCUCGGAGUAUUACCCGUCACCAUCGAAGGUGGAAGAAGAGGAGGAAGAAGCCAGAGGUAUCAAGAAUGUUGCAGAUAUCAGGCCAAGCUUAACAGUCGAUCAACUCUGGCAGCAUCUUGUUGAUGAGAACCCGGCCUUCGUCAGCGAUUGCCGAAAGGCCGGUGUUAUCCACGAAGAUGAAUGUGAUGCUAACGCUGUACCAGUGAGGAUGGUGGUAGCCGAUAAGUCGGAGGUUGUGGAGGUCUAUGGCGCCGAGGACAACAUCUUCCAUGAGCUGCAGCGAUAUAGUACUGCACAGAAUAAGCUCACGAACGUUUUCUUUGACUACAUUCGUUUGGAAAGAGACGACGAUGAUUGUCGGGCGAAGAUUAUGACCCCUCACGCUCCUGUUGAGGAUGGGCAGCCUUUGACCGUUUAUGUGCAGCAUUUUGACCGCGGCACUCAAGGGGGAAUGUAUUUCGGAUUCCCAACACUCGUAAAGAUCAUCGUGGGCCAAACGACGGGUGCGGAGUUGAAGGAAAAGAUUCGUCAGAAGCUCGUUGUCCCCGAGCAUGUGAUGAAUCGAUGGUGGAUGGUGGCCCAUUCGAAGCGUUCAAACAACGCCAGUCGACAUCAGUUAAUCCGUCCAGAAGAAAUCAUCACUAAGGACCUCGUCGGUUACGAUGCUGAUGACUUCGCUGUGAGUUUGGAACAUCCCCAUCCUCAUCCACCAACUCGACUACCUGGGUCGAGAAAUGGAUCGCGGUAUCGACCUUUGACCAUCAAGUGA